AAAAAGUCGCCGCGGUUUCAGUACCAAAAGUGGAUUAUCUCUAUCCAUUUCCUGGAAAAUCUCUCACUCACUCACUCGCACACAUCUGUCUCUUGGUUCUGCUCUAGGGUUCUUCACUCUCUUCUCCAACUCCGAUCCAACCCUUCAGGCCUGUAAAGAUGCAAGCUGCGAUUAGGGCAUUUGUAUCUGGUGGAAAUGUUGCCAAAUCCGCUGUGUUGCGUCACUUCCGUGUGAUCAAUCCGGCGAUCCAACCAGCUGUGUUCUCCCGGUCCGAGUCAACUCAGUCUACUGGAAUUGAGGAACACGGGUUCGAAAGCACCACGAUCUCAGACAUUUUGAAAGCCAAAGGCAAAAGUGCUGAUGGUUCCUGGCUUUGGUGUACAACUGAUGACUCUGUCUACGAUGCUGUUCAGUCCAUGACUCAACACAAUGUAGGAGCUUUGGUGGUUGUGAAGCCUGGGGAGCAACAAUCCAUUGCUGGAAUAAUCACUGAGAGAGAUUAUCUACGGAAGAUUAUAGUGCAGGGGAGAUCAUCCAAAUCAACCAAAGUCGGGGACAUUAUGACCGAUGAGAAUAAGCUCAUCACUGUAACACCCGACACCAAGGUUUUGUGGGCAAUGCAACUCAUGACAGAUAACCGAAUCAGACACAUCCCUGUAAUCGACGACAAGGAAAUGGUGGGGAUGGUGUCCAUUGGAGACGUGGUUCGUGCAGUGGUGACUGAGCACAGGGAGGAGCUGGACCGUCUAAAUGCUUACAUACAAGGAGGGUACUAAAAAGAUCGAAUAUUUCCGAGGCGGGCCGAGAACUUUACUGAAGCUAAAGCCUUAGAUCAGUGUAAAUAUUGCAGUGCUUCUUUGUUUGGGGGUGUGAGCCAUUUCCUAGGUUUACUUGUGAGGCAAGGACCAGCUUUUGUGAUGUGGGUUUGAAGAAUAAUGAAUUGGCAUGUGGGGGGGCAAAUGUCAAAGACAAUAACACUUGAUUUCCUUUUCUCCUUGUGUGGUUUUUGUAUGUCAGAAGUCUAAAGUUUGUUCCUUUCGGUUUCCAUCUCUUCUAAAUUAAUGCUUGUUUCUUUCU